AACAGCUGCAACAUCACAGCACAGCAGCCAUUCAUCCCUCUCUCUCUCUCUCUCUCUCUGUCUCUCUCUCUAACACCAAGGGGGGAGAAGAAACAGAGAGGAGAAAAUUAAAAGAAUCUCCACCCUCCAAGGAGUCCAUCUCUCCAAUCUCCCAAUCUUUCUUCCUGAUGGCCCAGCUGGACCAGGAGUUAUGUGAGGGAAGGAAGACCAAGACCAAAACCAAAAAGAGAAGGAAGGAAAGAUAAGGGUGGCUUCAGACAUAUGUAUCAAGCCAACCAAAUCCCUCCUCUCUCUUUCUCUCCACCCAAAACAAAACUACUGUCCCAAACUUCCCAAAAUGCCCCUCUGCACGCCAGGAAACUCUCCACCUCCCUUCCAUCAAGGGGGAAGACUCGUAGCCAGCUCCUGUUCCCGUUUUAUAUGGGGCCUUUGCUGCCUUUUGGUCACGGUCAGACACAGAAAACAGGGCAAGGAACCUCUCUAUUUCUUUCUCUCCUCUCCUCUCCUCUCUCUUUAUUUCAUCGCAAGUUGGUGUCUUUUUGCCUUCUCCCUUCCUCCUGUGGUAAUCUUUCUCUUUGCCCUCCUCCUCCUCCUCCUUCCCCCCGUUUAUCUCUGUGAGGAUUGGUGAUGGUGAUGAAGAAGGGGAAGAGGGUGGCCAUGGAGUCCUCUCCAUCCUCCACCUCUUUUUUGGUUGGGGAACAGGCCAGGGCGUGGUUCAGGCACCAGAGCCUGUUGCAGGACUAUGAGGAGUUGCUAAAGGAAACUGAAGCAAAGAGGAAGCAAUUGCAAAAGGCUCAUCAGAGGAAACUUAAGCUCGUUGCCGAAGUCAAAUUCUUGCGGAAAAGAUAUCGGUGCUUAUUGAAGAACCCAUUGCAAAAAACCACAUAUAGACUGAAAAAGCGAUCACCCAAAAUCCCAGCCCAAGUGGUUUACCAUGGUCGAGCACCAAAUCUAGUGACUCAAGAGGAAGUUCAUCACAAAGAUAGAAGCAACAUUGUAAGAGAUGCUGCAGUCCCAAGUACUUCUGCAGUAUUAGACUUGAACCAAGUUUCAUCACUGAAUGGUGAGGAAAUGGAGGAGUUUCAAGUGGAAUGGGAGCCCCUGAAGGCUGAUAAGUUGAACAAGUGUUCCACAGAAGGUGACCUUGUGGCAAAUGAUCUGAAGCUAUCAAUUUGUCGAGAUGUUGGGAAAGGAGUGAACCGUGCUGGAAAGAGGAAAAUAACAUGGCAGGACCAGGUAGCUUUGAAGGUGUAGAACCUUUUGUGCAGACUGGAUGAAAGACACAGGCUGUUAUGCCUCUGCAUUCAUUCAUCUGUGAAUUUAACUUUUCCUACAAAUAUUUGGAUUGUAUAGAAAACUCUCGGACAUUAGGUAUAGAUGUUCUACAAAUCUGUAGAGUUGAUGCCUGUGCUAUGAGGAAUCAAUUCUUUCUUGUGUUAUUGAAAUGUGAAACUCUACCAUGCUCACAAAUUCAUGAGGGCAGGAUGCUAAAGAUGAGUUAGGUAAACUGGUGAACCACUUGUAGACCUUCUACCUCAUUCAACAUCGAUAAAGCCAUUUGAAAAUGGUGAAGAAGAGGAACUCCAUCGUCAGGAAGUAUUCAGAGGAUGACUACUUGCAGUUCUUUUCAUUUGAUUAUCAACCAUCUGAGAGCAUCUACACAACCUCUGGAUGCGGAACUACUUUGGAUUUAUCAUCCGACCUCCAACUAUAUGUUGCUAUAUUUAUGUAGUGCUCUUGUUUAGGAUGAGAUUAUCUGCUGGACGUUUGGAUGUUGUCAGCUGUAUUUAAAAGAUUUAUGUUGGUCAUCUCCGAAAAGACUAGCUUGUAUAGCUAUUAAAAUAAAUGGAUUUUGUAGUAGUGAUCGGAAUGCGUGGCAUAACUGUAAAGGAUUGUAUGUUUUAAACCGGAAUUUGGAGCACCAUCAUUCCUAUGGCCCUCUACUAUUCAGGAAGUCAGCUGGGGGCACUUGCUUUCUUGCUUUGUCUAAAGGGUGAUGUUUAAUUGUGAGCGCAGUCAAUCAGGAAGGGUUAAAAAAA